GUACGUCAAUAGAAUUUUAUAACAUUUAAAUCCGCUUGUUUAUUAUCAAAAUCCGGUGAUAUAAAAUUGAUUAUUUUGUAUUGAAAGAAAAAUACAUUGUAUCAAGUUCUUGUAAUUUGAGAAAAACUUGUCAAACAAGUAAAAAUAAAGUGAUCUAUUUUACAUCAGUGAUAAAAUAACCGUCAUUUAAAAAAAAAGAAGAAAAAAAUGCCUCCUGAUUCACGAAGCGUCUCUUUUACAUUUCAUCGGGAUCUUUUAAAUGCCGGUAAUAAUAUUGAACCAAUGCAAGGACGUAAAAGUUUGCGAAGAAGAUUACAGGAUCGUUUCGAUGAUAAUGAUAAAUUAUCAAAUAAUUCUCUUGGAAAGGAAAAAAAUUCGAAAAAAAAGCAGGAUUCUGAUUCAGGAAAAAGUUGGCAUAAUUUAAGCCUUGGAAAUGUAACAACUGAUUCUCGAAAAGUAUUACAAACUGGAGCUGAAAAAAUUUCAAAAACAUUUUCAAAUGUUAAAGUCACUUUUGGAAGUAUAUCACAGAGAUUUAAAAUUCCUACACGAAGACGUCAAAGAUUAGAAGAACAAUUUACUCCGGAUAUUAAUGCAAUUAAAUCUGAAACUCCACAAACUCGAUCACGAGAUUUAUUGGGACGAACUCCUACGAAAUUAUACAGUCCUUUUGGUAUUGAAACUCCAUUACGCGUGUGGGACAAAGAAAAUGAUCCGACUGAAUUUGAUGAUACACCAAAAUCAUUUAAAAAUAGUAAGCAUAAGAGAUUUUUUAAUUUUACAAAAAUUAGCGGUUUUCGUAGCAUACGAUAAA